AAUAUCCUUAUUGAUCAAUAAGCAACUUUAGAAUAGCAAGUCAGUCAAAGGCGGCUAAUGCUAUCAAUCAUACUACUUACAAUCUCAAAUUUUGUUAGUUAUUGCAAUCCCAAUAAACUCACUCCAUAAAACAAUGGAGAAAUGCUCACCUCUUAAGGUAGUUAUGAUUCCAUGGUUAGCCAUGGGACACUUGAUACCAUUUUUAGAGCUCUCAAAGUGCUUAGCCAACAAAGGUAUAACUGUAUAUUUCAUAUCAACUCCUAAGAAUAUCACAAGACUCCCAAAAAUUCCUGCAAAUUUAUCAUCUUACAUACACUUGAUUAUCAUUCCUCUGCCUCAUCUCGACCGCGUUCCUGAUGAUGCAGAGUCCUCUAUGGAUGUUCCCAGUACUAUGCAACCCCUUUUAAAGAGCAGAUUUGAUUUGCUACAACACCCAAUUACAGUUUUUCUAGAAAAGGUAAGGGCAGACUGGAUUUUGUAUGAUUUCACUUCCUAUUGGAUCCCACCUCUUGCAAGCAAGAUGGGGUGUUGUUGUGCAUACAUAGCUUUGUUUAAUGCUGCAACUCUAUCAUUCAUGGGACCGCCAAGCGAAUUAAUAGCCAACACCCGGACAUCACCAGAGGAUUUCACCAUUGUUCCUGACUGGAUUCCUUUCGAAUCAGACAUUGCUUAUCGCCUGCACGAGGUGAUGAAGUUGAUUCAUUCGGUUGAUGCUGAUAUCGCGACACCAGAUACAGUAAGAUUUGGUUAUUCUAUUGCAGGAUGUGAUGUUGUAGGUAUUAGAACCUCCCCUGAGUUUGAACCUACAUGGCUUCAUUUACUUGCUAAUAAGCUCUAUGAAAAAACUAUCCUACCUAUUGGUUCUCUUUUCCCACAUUAUUUGGUUGAUAAUGAUGAAGAAUCAGAUUGUAUAUUGCUUAGAAAGUGGUUAGAUCAACAAAAAUCAGAUUCUGUACUUUAUGUUGCACUUGGGAGUGAGUCUAUACUAACUCAAAAUGAACUAGAGGAGUUGGCUUUUGGUUUGGAACUUUGUGGUUUGCCUUUUCUUUUGGUACUUAGGAAUCAUGAACAUGGGUUGUGUAAGAAUGUGUUAGAGAUGCUUCCGAAAGGAUUCGAGAAUCGAGUAGCUGAUCGAGGAUUAGUCCAUCUAGGUUGGGCUCCGCAAAUGAAGAUUUUAAGUCAUCCCUCAACUCGCGGAUUUUUGACUCAUUGUGGAUGGAACUCGAUCAUUGAGGGACUUGGACUUGGACGUAUAAUGGUCCUUUUUCCCGUGAUGAACGAUCAAGGAUUAAUUGCUAGAUUGUUGGUGGGGAAAGGGCUUGGGGUGGAGAUUACGCGCGACGAGCGAGAUGGGUCGUUAAGAAGGGAGGCUGUGGUCAAGGCAGUGCAGUUGGCCAUGGUGCACAAAGAUGGUGAAGCAUUGAGGAUAAGGUGUAGGAGCAUGAAGGGUGUUUUUGGAGAUAAGAACUUGAAUGAUCAUUAUAUUGAGGGGUUCAUACAUUAUCUAGAAAAGAAUAGGAAAUCAAGUUGAUGCUUUUUUUUGUUUGUUUUGAGAAUUGAGAAACAUGUCUUACAAUUUGGACUAUUGAUUAGAGUAUGUAAGUACGUAACAAUAGGCCUAGGAUAUCUUCUUGGCCUUGUACUUGGCAUUUUUAAAUUCUUAUCAUUAAUUUCGUUUUUGCUUUAAUUCUCAACUAAAUUUGAUGAAGAAAGUCCAUGAAUCAACAUUUCUUAGGUGUUUUAGUCAACAAUUGUGAUUAAUCCAACAUUUUUUUCUCACAAAUGCUGUAAACAUAUGAGAAUUUUAUUAAAUCGAAAAAUGGCUAAAUUUUCUAAAGAUUUAAAGAAACGAAAAAAAAACUAUUGAGAUUCAGCAAUGUUUUACAAAAAUAUAUAUUGAUAUAAGUGUAGGUUUCACAUAUAAACACUUAAAACUCAGGGAACUCAUUUAGACCGAACCUAUAGUUAUAAACUGGAAAAUUGAAAAAUUAACAUAAGAUAUUCAAAUUCUAAAAAUUCAAAUUUGAGUUUGUUCUAGAAUUAAAUGGUCCCGUACUCCCAUCUAUUUUUAUAGCUUGGAUUGAAUUUAUAACAACAUUGCCUUAUAUCACAAGAGUUAUCAUUACGUAAAUGUCAACUAGUUUAGUUGGUUAAAGUUUUAACGAUGGUACCCACAACCAAGAAUCCUUGUGACUCUCGCUACACCCAAAAAAAACAAGAAUGAUACAUAUAUCAUGUCAACUAACAAAUAUAAAUUAGCUUGCAAUAAAAUUUAAAUCCAUGACAUCUUACCAUUAUACAUAGCGGAAUUACCAUCUCAACCAACCUUUAAUCAUGCUUUAAAAUAUUAUUAUUAUAUUUAUAUCUUUUAAAAUUUGAGUUUUACUUAUGAUAUUUACAAAUCAAAAAAUUACAUACCAAGUUCGGAAAAACAACGCCCGAAUCGAAAUACUAGUUUUUAUUAAUUUGGGAAUGGUAAUCAGACCACUUAAUUUAGGUUAGUGUGUUGCAAAUUUAGAGUGCUUUAAUUAAUAAGGGUCAGUUGACCUCACAAAAACCCUCUACCACCUUCAAUGGCAGUAAUAUCAAACUAAAACCACCAAUCAUAACCGAAACUUCAACUACAGUCUACUGCUCCUUAUGAAAUUUGGGGAUUUCAUUUUCUCUCUCCUCCACCACCACCGACGUCGCUUUUUCCCACAACUCUCAUUCUCUCUCUUCUUCUCAUCAAAGGUUGAAUUAAAUUCAAAACAAUAUUCUUUAUUAAAAAACCCCAUUAUUAACCCAGAUGAUUUGCUAUCCCAAUUUCAUUCACUAACAAAAACCCUAGCCCAAAAUUCCAGAAACUUCAGAGUUCUUUCUCAAUUAGAUUCUCUACUUUCCCAAACCGAAUUAUUUGAUUCUGUUACCUCUAUUGCAAUAUUUGAGGGUCUCUGCAAAUUGAAGAAACUCAAUAGGGCUAAAAAUGUGUUCUUGCAUUUGAAGGAUAAUUUGAAGGUAUACCCUUAUUUUGCAUUUAGUUUAGUUUUUGAUUGUUUGGUUAAAGAUGGAAAUUUGGAUGAUGUUGAGGUUCAAUGGAAUGAUAUUAGUAAUGGGUAUGAAAUUAAUUUGUCUGAUUAUGUGAUUUAUGUGUGUAAAUGUGGUGAUUUUGAUGAAAUUAAGAAGGUUUAUGAGAGAGUUUUGAUGGGUAGUAGAGUUUUGGGGAGGCAGAGUUAUGUAGCUUUGAUUGGGGUAUUGUGUAGAUAUGAUGAGGGUUUAAUGGCAAAAUCAGUGGUUCAUGAAAUGUAUUAUAGGGGUUUUAGGGUUGAUGAUGUUACUUACAUUGUAGUGUUUCAAUGUUUUUGUAGAAAUGGGGAUUUAGAUGGAGCUGAUUGGGUACUUAGGAAAUUGAUUAAUGGUGGUUUUGAUGUUGAUGUGUGUAUCUAUGGAAGCUUCAUGUAUGGAUUAUGUGAAGUAGGGAAGUUCCGGGAGGCGAGUAAGUUGUUUGAUAAGUUGAUUAAGAGGGAUUGUUUUAGUGGUUCUAAAGCAGGGUUAUUGAAGGAAGGGAGGAGGGCGAUUUUUCAGCUGAGUUAUAAGGGUGUUAUUCCAGAAAUGAUGGUAUAUGAGAUGUAUGUUCGAUCUUUAUGUGCUGUCGGGAAGCUCGAUGAUGCUGAGUUAUUGUUGAAAAAGAUUAUGAAAAAGAGUUCCAUGGCACAGAUUUGUGUAUAUGGAUCAUUUAUCAAGGCAUUGUUUAGGGUUGGUAGGGAGGAAGAUGCCUUGAAGUUUUUCAAUGUUGAGUGCAAGAAAGGAUUCGUGUGCUCCGAUGAGCUUGCAAGAUUCGUCAUUGUGCAACUGUGCGAGAAGGGAGGAGUUGAUGAUGCUAUGAAGAUUUUCGAUGAGUUUACAGGAAAAAGCACGUUUAUUAGCACUGUUGCUCUUUGUAAUUGUUUGUUGGGUAGUCUUUGGGAUGCUGGGAGGACAAUGGAAGCCGAGAGGUAUUUCGAGGGGAUGAACAAGGGAGAAUUGUCACCUCCAAAUAUAGCAACAUACAGGCUUAUGGUUUGCGGAUUUUGCAACCAGGGAAGUCUAGGAAAAGCAAUUGAUAUAUUUGAAGAAAUGCUGUCAAAAAAUAUACCUACAGAUAAGAUCAUAUAUGAAGAAGUUAUUGCUUUACUAUGCAAACAAGGGUGCCCUGCAGAAGCAUAUGAAUAUCUUGACAGCAUGACCAGAAAUGGCUCUACUAUUUCAUAUACAGUUUGGAAAAGAGUGUUUAGAGCGUUGAUGGGUGAUGAGAGAAGUAUUACCAAAUCACAUUAGAUUAGAAAAGAAAGACGGUGUUUAGAUUUGAACACUCGCGCAAUGUAUUCUUAGGGUAUUAUGAUCAUUGUAAUUGAGAUAGAAAUUAUGUUUGUUAUCCAGUUUAUGAUCAUUGUUAUUGAAAAGAAGGUAUCAUGAUAUGAGUAAUAUUCUAGUCUCAUGUUGGUAAA